UGACGUCACCUCGGUUUGACGCAGUAGAAUUUUCUUGGCGGUGGGCUGGAACAUAAGAGUUCUCAAAAAGUGUUAGAGCAGAGGUGUGAUCACGGUUGGACAGGAGAGCAGCGGAGGGCGCAGUGAGUCAGUGAGCGAGCGAGCGGAGGACGGCGGCAGUGCGGUGCGGGUGAAGCGGCAGGAUGGGAACGGUCUUGGGUGCCUUCUCCGUGGCCAGCUGGGUUCCAUGCCUCUGCAGUGGCGCGACAUGUCUGCUGUGCAGAUGCUGCCCCAAUAGCAGGAACUCCACGGUGACCCGCAUCAUCUACGCCUUCCUCCUGCUUCUGGGGACCAUCGUUGCCUGCAUAAUGCUGUCUCCGGGCAUCGAGCACCAGCUCAAAAAGAUUCCAGGCUUCUGCGAAGGAGGCGUCGGUUCCUCCAUACCCGGCAUCCAUGGCAGCGUCAACUGUGAGAUCUUUGUGGGCUACAAGGCAGUGUACCGCAUCUGCUUCGGCAUGGCCAUGUUUUUCCUGUUGUUUUUCUUGCUUAUGCUCAAUGUUAGAAACAGCCGGGAUCCCCGAGCAGCUGUCCACAAUGGGUUUUGGUUUUUUAAGAUUGCUGCCAUAAUUGCUAUUACAGUUGGUGCCUUUUACAUACCAGAUGGGGCUUUCACACGUGGUUGGUUCGUUACAGCGAUCGGUGGAGCAUCCAUUUUUAUCCUCAUCCAGCUUGUUCUCCUGGUGGACUUUGCCCACUCGUGGAAUGAAUCUUGGGUGGACAAGAUGGAGGAGGGCAACUCCCGGGGCUGGUAUGCCGCUUUGCUCUUGAUGACGGGCUUGUGCUACGUUCUCUCCCUGGUGGCCAUUGUUCUGCUCUUUGUGUUCUACACUCAUCCUGAGGGCUGUGGGCUCAACAAGUUCUUCAUCAGCUUCAACAUGCUCUUGUGUUUCGGGGCCUCAGUUGUUUCCAUCCUGCCCAAAGUACAGGAAGCCCAUCCGCAUUCCGGCCUGCUGCAGUCCUCCAUCAUAACCCUAUACACCAUGUAUCUGACGUGGUCAGCCAUCACCAACGAACCCGAGCGUAAAUGCAAUCCCAGCCUGCUGAGCAUCUUCCAGCAGAUUGCUGCUCCCACGCUGGCCCCCAUCGCUGAGGAAAAUCAGACGGCCGUCCAGAUCAUUGAUACGGAGGAGCCGGUUCCCUCGGCACCAUACCUACCGUGGUGGGAUGCCCAGAGUAUUGUGGGACUGGCCAUUUUUGUCCUCUGCAUACUGUACUCAAGCAUCCGCUCUUCCAGUACCAGCCAGGUGAACAAGCUGACUUUGGCGUCCAACGAUAUGGUCAUCCUUGACAGCCACUCGGGGGCGAGCACCCCCGACGAAGCAGAGCAGGGCCAAGGGCCGAGGCGGGUGGAGGACAACGAGAAGGAGGCAGUUCAGUACAGCUACUCUUGCUUCCAUCUCAUGCUCUUCCUCGCCUCCCUCUACAUCAUGAUGACGCUGACCAACUGGUACAGCCCUGAUGCCGACUACAGCACCAUGACGAGCAAGUGGCCGGCCGUCUGGGUGAAGAUGACCUCCAGCUGGGUAUGUCUCGCUCUCUAUGUGUGGACCUUGGUGGCCCCAAUGAUGUGCCCCAACCGUGACUUUAGCUAAACUCACUACAGUCCCCACUGUACUGCCUCGAGGGC